GUCUACACUAAAAAGGACACAAAAAUUCGGGUUUAAACUCCCUUUCUUGAAGCACAAGCAAGCUGCCAACAAACAGUCAAAAAGCAGCUUUCGUAGUAACUUCGUGCCAUUCGUUCGAAGCCUUCCCGAACUCUAAUCCUUCAUCCAAUUCCUUCCCUUUGUACAUAAACAUACCUAGUUUCAUGUUGUGGAAGCCUUUGGUCUUGAAUCAGAUCCAUACUCCUCGAAUCAAGCUCCAAAGUAGGCUUCACAAAACAGUUUCCAGACUUAACCAUUUUCUGGCAGUUUUCUAGUUUUGAGGUAGCAACUUGGAGGCCUUGGAAAACAACCUUAAUGACAUCAUCUGGAUCCAUAAAGCAUACCAUUGAAAAGUUGGAAACUUUAUCUGCAAAAAAAACUAUUAAAAUAGAAUUUCCACCAAGCCAAUUGAGAGAACCAUGCCUCCAAAGUAUGUACCCUGAACACGGAUUUUGACUUAGCCAAAUUCUGCCUUUCUUCUUCCCAACUUUGAUGGCUUCUUUGUCAAGUAAUUGUGACGUGAAUGGUUGGCAAUUUGGGAUCAUAUCACGAGUUUAAAUCCUAACCGAUUUAAGCUUGACGUUCCAAGUGUCCAAUCCACUUUGAGAGAUUGGUGGCGACUCCUCUUUUUCGCGCCGCGUCGCAGACGGACCGUUUGCGACACCACCAUCUCUCAAGAGGGACGUGAAGAGGUUCUGAUAUCACUUGUAAUACCCCGACCUUGUCUGAUCAAGAUAUUGUUCGCUUUAGGUCUAGACCCUCACGGUUUUAGGCUUGAGGUGCAUAUCAAGGUUACUUUCCAUAAAAUCAUCAAUCCUUCCAGUGAUACAGAGUGAGCACGUUUAUCUUCAAAGUUCUUAUAAGAAUUCUUUCAUUUCACCCAAAAUGCGUCUUAUCAGUUAAGAUCAGUUACUAUUAGUUACUUAUUAAUCAUGGAUCUCUCUUAUACUUUGUAGAUGUGAAAUUCGGUCUUAAGUGUUACACUAUAGCUCAAGUCUUUGUGACUAUUAAUUUUUAUUUUAAUACUGGUCAGCCCCUCACAACCAAGUUCUUUUCUUUCAUUUUGUGGUUAUCUAUCAUUCCACUAACCGUAUGGUUGUGGUUUGCAUUCCUUUUGAAAAUACAGGAAGUGUCAUCUUCAAACGAUUGUGGUAAAUGGAAAUGAAGCGCUUCAUUAUCAGUAGAAUUCUGGCCUUACGAAAGUCUGGUGAGGUUGAUAGAUGUUAGGGCUAAUUAGCAUUAAUGUGAUACAGUAAUUAAUAAUAAAGUCUUAAAAAAUAAACCAAUUAAUUCCCACCAAUGCACUGGCCAUACCUGGAUGGGUUUGCAGGAGGAGCCUCCAUACUGGUUUUCGAUCGUCCUUAUAGUUAUUGUCUUGUCGUUGUGGACGGACGAGUGGUAGUUUUCCGUCCACGGCGCCGACAGCCCGGCCGAUACCAUUAAUGGAGCUCCUUAAUUAUUUUCGAGCAAAGAAAUUAAAGCGCGUCAGGUUUCUGCCCCACUGAAAUUUUCUGGACGAUAUGCGCGCAACGCGCACCAUUUAUUCACUCCUCCUGUACAUUACAUUACAGUACUGAGCUUAAUUUCUAGAAAAGCCUGCAGCGGCAGCCUUUGUGAUAAGGUUAAUAAUCACUUAUCUUCUCCAUCAGAAGAAGAAGUGUGUAGGUUCUCUUUGAAAAUGGCGUCAAAGGAGGCUGGCGGUUCUCUUCCUGUUCCCAACGUUCAACAGCUAGCUUCGAGCUCCAACGAUGUACCCAUUAGGUACAUACGCCCUGAACUCGAGCUCGAACGAGUUUCUAGUGAUGAUGAGUAUGUUCAAGUUCCAGUGAUCGAUAUGCGCAAGCUGGCUGGUGAUGAUGAUGAUGGCGAGUCGGCUAAAUUGCAUUCGGCUUGUAGGGAUUGGGGAUUCUUCCAGGUGAUCAACCAUGGGAUUGCGGAGGAGGUGAUUCUAAAAAUGAAGGCAGAUAUUCAAGAAUUCUUCAACCAACCAAUGCAAGUGAAAAUGGAAUCUGCACAGCUACCAAAUGGCAUUGAAGGAUACGGCCAAGUGUUUGUCGUAUCGAAAGAGCAAAAGCUUGAUUGGGGUGACAUGUUGUUCAUCGUUACAAACCCUGUUAAUGAAAGAAGCAUGGAAUUGUGGCCGAGAAUUCCCUCUUCGUUCAGGGCAACUCUCGACCAGUAUUCGAUAGAGCUAGAAAAGCUGGCUAGAUGCUUGCUGAGUUUCAUGGCCAGGAACUUGGGGAUCGAGUCUGAAAAGCUACUCACUUUGUUCAAAGAAGGAUUGCAAGGUAUGAGAAUGAACUACUAUCCGCCAUGUGAGCAAGCUAACAAGGUCAUCGGUCUUGCCCCACACUCCGAUGGUAGUGGAUUGACUUUGCUGACUCAGGUGAAUGAAGUACAAGGUUUGCAAAUCAGGAAAGAUGGGAAAUGGGUUCCCAUUGAUCCCAUUCCGGGUGCCUUCAUCGUUAAUAUCGGCGAUGUGCUUGAGAUCAUGAGCAAUGGAGAAUACAAGAGCAUAGAGCACAGAGCAGUAGUCAAUCAUGAAAAGGAGAGACUAUCAAUUGCAGCAUUCCAUAGUCCAAACGCCAAAGUCGUGAUUGGACCAUUACCAGAGAUUCUCGUCAAGGAUCAAAAGAAACAAGCACCAAGUUAUAAAUCCAUAUCGCACCAAGAUUAUAUAAAGCUUGCAGGGAAAAUUAAACUCGACGGGAAAGACAAAGGCUUCAUUCAUCAUAUGAAGAUACAAACGGAAGAAGAGCAGUGAAUUCAAGCCCCUCCGUGCGUGGUAAAAAAAAAAGUAGCCAAAAAUUUCAAAGCUGAUGAAUCAUGCUAGUUGAAUGUUGUAAUCUUGUAUGCGAAUUACUCAUUUGCCAAUGAGACAUUGAAACUCUGUAUUCAGUGGCAAAGUCAGAAUUUGAAGUUCGGGGUUUUAAUAAAAGUAAUAAUAUAUAGAAAAUAUUAAUAAUUAUCUUUUUUUUGCAGCAUAGAUCAUUAAACUCAUUUAAAAUACCAUUAAUCUAACAUUUAUGUUGCAUUUUCAGUGGGAAAUUGGGACUUUGAAGGUAGCUGAAACAAAGCUUGUACAUGGAGGACUUGGAAAAUACUAGAUAGGCUAUAUAAUUUAUAAAUAUCAAUAGUUUUAUAAUAUUUUUGCUUCGCAGCGGUAAGAAACUAAUUAUAUUUAAAAUUUUAUUCAUUUAUAAAUAUAUUUAGUUGAAAUCAAAUAAUUCUCAAAAUCCGGAUAAGUUAUAUUCAUAAGUUUUACACAGUGUCUGGAUCAGUGAGAAUGAAUUACGUCAUAAGCU